UAACAGAAUGGAUUAUGGGCAAUGCAAUGCUCUAAUGUCGUAAUGAAGUUAAUAAACACAGAACACUAUUGGUUAAAUAUUGUUGAUAGCUUUUUCGGUUAUUAGUUUCUGUGUGCUUUUAGUGUUGUGUCUUCCGUUGUAACUUGAAAAUACGUGUACAGUGUUUUUACAAAUUUAAACUUUUUGUGUUAGUGUAUUAUAAUUCUAUACUCGCAUUGAAUAGAAUUUUUUUAAAUCAUUAUUUAAUUUUACUUAUACAUCAUAUCAACAUUUACAGAUAAACUGCAUUCCAGUAUCUAUUUAUAUUAGUAUUUAAGGAAAUCAAUAACUAUGGCUAAAGUACAACUGUCAAAUGUGGUUGUCUUAGACAAUCCGUCUCCAUUUUUAAACCCUUUUCAAUUUGAACUUACAUUUGAAUGUAUUGAAGAUUUAAAUGAAGAUUUGGAGUGGAAAAUGAUUUAUGUUGGAUCUGCUGAAAGUGAAGAACACGAUCAAAUAUUAGAUACUAUUUAUGUUGGUCCCGUUCCUGAAGGAAGACAUAUGUUUGUUUUUGAGGCAAAUCCUCCAGAUGUUUCUAAAAUUCCUGUAGAAGAUGCUGUUGGUGUAACUGUUGUACUAUUAACUUGUUGUUAUCGUAAUCAAGAGUUUGUUAGAGUUGGAUACUUCAUUAACAAUGAAUACACUGAUCCAGAGUUGCAAGAAAAUCCUCCAGCUACACCUCAAUUUGAUAAGAUGACGAGAAAUAUAUUGGGUACUGAACCUAGAGUAACGAGGUUUAAGAUUAAUUGGGACGACUCUGAACAACCUACUACUAGUAAUGGAAUACAAACUACCUGUCACGAAAAUGAAGAUUCAAAUCUACAAGAAAUGGAUGAAGAUCUGUCUUCUUUGUUAUCUUCCCAUGCAGACAAUAGCCUUAGUCAAAGUCCAAUGGAAGUAUUGUAAAUUGACUGAUCCAAUAUCUCAUCUAUUUUAAUAUCAAUAUUUUUUCUAAGUAAUGAAUUUUAUAAGAAAAAUAAAUUAAAGAAAUGUUAAUCGUGUAAUAAUAAAUAUAAAAGCAAUUAAUUUAAAGUUGAAAUAAAAUAAAGACGUUUUUUAUUCAA